AAAUCCAUGUGCCCACAUGGACGAUGGAGAUGGAGAAGAGAGAGAGAGAGAUAAUAAGAGAGAGAGAGUGAGUGUUGUGUGUGCGUCUGUGUUGUAGCAACAACAGCAGCAGCAUCAGUAAGAGAGAGAGAGACAGAGAGACAGUACCUGGAAAACCCAUUCUCAAUCCUAAUAAUUAUAGUCAUAACCUCAUCAUCAUCAUCAUCAUCAUCAACCACAACCUGUUGCAGUAUCAGCAGUACGAAAAGCACUUGCACUUGCACUUGCACGCACACCAACGCGGCCGAGGAGAGACGCAGGCGACACGCUCUCCACACACCCACCUGCAUUAAAGUCCGCUCUCGCCCCCUUGGACGUCGCCGGAGAGGGAGAGGGACAGAAGGGUCGCGGAGGGCGAGGAUGAAGGAGAAGGGAGAGAGCGGAGGAGGGUACGUGAGAGCGGAUCAGAUAGAUCUGAAGAGCCUGGACGAGCAACUCCAGAGGCACCUGAGCAGAGCAUGGACGAUGGAGAAGAACAAGAACGCCGACACCAACGGCGACGGGAAACAGGAGAACGAUGCGUUAGCGAGGAGGCCCGCGUACGGCGGCGGCGGGAGCCGCCUCCCCACCAGGCAGGAGUGGGAGAUUGACCCGUCCAAGCUCGUGAUCAAGAGCGUCAUCGCUCGCGGCACUUUCGGGACUGUUCAUCGCGGCAUUUACGACGGCCAAGACGUCGCUGUCAAACUUCUUGACUGGGGGGAAGAGGGACACAGAUCAGAGGCUGAAAUAGCUUCCCUUAGAGCGGCAUUUACACAAGAAGUUGCUGUUUGGCACAAGCUGGAGCAUCCAAAUGUGACUAAGUUCAUAGGGGCGACCAUGGGCACGUCAGAUUUGCAUAUACAAAGUGAGAAUGGUCAUAUUGGCAUGCCAAGUAACAUUUGUUGUGUUGUUGUGGAGUAUUGCCCUGGAGGGGCUUUGAAAUCUUACCUCAUCAAGAACCGAAGGAAGAAACUGGCUUUCAAAGUAGUCAUUCAACUGGCUCUUGAUCUUGCACGAGGGUUGAGCUAUCUGCACUCCAAGAAAAUUGUGCACAGAGACGUUAAGACUGAAAACAUGCUCUUGGACAAGACACGCACUCUUAAAAUAGCGGAUUUUGGAGUUGCUCGGAUUGAGGCUUCCAAUCCUCAUGACAUGACUGGUGAGACGGGAACUCUUGGUUACAUGGCUCCAGAGGUUCUCAAUGGUAGUGCUUAUGACCGAAAGUGUGAUGUGUACAGCUUCGGUAUUUGCUUGUGGGAAAUAUACUGUUGUGAUAUGCCAUACCCUGAUCUGAGCUUCUCGGAAGUGACAUCAGCUGUUGUCCGUCAGAACUUGAGGCCGGAGAUCCCGCGUUGUUGUCCGAGCUCGCUUGCGAAUGUCAUGAAACGCUGCUGGGAUGGAAAUCCUGACAAGAGACCCAAAAUGGAUGAGGUGGUAGCCAUGUUGGAGGCUAUCGACACCUCGAAAGGAGGAGGUAUGAUCCCUCUCGAUCAGUCGCAGGGUUGCUUCUGUUUCCGCAAACACCGAGGUCCUUGAAUGUUGGUGCAGCCACGUCAAGUGAAGUGACAGUCGAGCAUCUGAGAAAGAACAUCUGGAAUUUGAUCUGUAUGUAAUACAAUUAAAGAGGGUGGAGUGCAUGGGCUGAGGGCAUUCGAUUGGAGGGUUAGAUAUCAAGUUCUUAUGUUUCUCUUUCUUUUUCUGCGUUGGUUAAUUUUGUUUUUAAGUAGGUGAAGAGCCCUAUGUUUUUCUUUGUUAUGGAUCCUGUAAAGCUUGAUCUGCUCUUCACUAUCACUUUCCAUUGGUGGAGGAAACUGACAGUAAAUAUUGUUAGGGGCAAUAAAGAAAAAAUUUGUUGACCCAAAA